AUGUACGACAAAUCACUCUUCCACGGCCAAGGCGAUCGCUCAGCCAAAGGCGUCACAGUGAGAGGCCCAGUCGAUGUGGUCAUCUUUGAGGGCUGGAUGAACGGUUUCGGAGCUUUGCCGGAUGAAGAGCUAGCUGCUCGAUAUGCAGCGGCCAGCUCUCCCUCCGCCGAAGACACUCCUUCGACCCUCGUCAAAUAUUCCAAGGCGACACUUGACGAUAUCAACGAGAGGUUGCGAGACUAUGAAGAUGUUUGGAACGCGAUCGAUUGCUUUGUGCAGAUCCGACCGCUAGACAUGUUAUUUGUGUGGGAGUGGAGUCUUCAGGUAAUGGAGGUGUGGGAAUGUCUGAUUGAAGAGGUACGGCAAUUCAUCGAUCGCUAUAUGCCCAGCUAUGAGCUGUUUCAAGACGGUAUUGAUAAGGAGUCUACAACGUGGCAUGGCAAGGGUCUUCGGUUCAGGGUCGACAGUCAUCGUAACAUUGUCAAGGUCGAAAAGUUCUGA